GGCCGGGACAGCGCGCCCGUGCCACGCCGCCGGGCAGGGCUGUCCCCAGAGUGUCCCCCACGCGCGACGGGAGGCACCGCACGCGCUCACGACAUCCCGGGAGCCCCGUCAGGGGCCCGGCCGCGGCGGGAGGAGCCGCGGGAAGAUCCCCGGUGGGAGAUGGAGCUGGACAUCCCGGGAGCGGCGGGGAGCGCGGAGAAGGGCCCCGGCCCCAUCCCGACACUGUCACCUUACCGGUGACACGGCCGUACCGGGGACGCCGCCGCCGCCGUGCCGCCAUGAGCGCGAGCACCGGGAGCGCGUCACGCUCGGUGUGUCACGGUGACAGCCACCUGCCGCCCUGCACCAUCCGCGGGACGGACCGGCGGCACCGGCAGGGCCCGAGCGGCGGCGGCGCGGGUCCCGCGGGUCUCCGGGUGAUGCCCGGGCCCCGACGACGGCCGGUACCGGCAGCGGUGCCCGGUGCUGCGCGGGGCCGGAGCGGAGCCUGCAGCUCCCGGCGCGCCGUACCGGCGCCGUGCCGUGCCGUGUCGCGGCCGUUCCGUGCCGUGCCGGGCCCGCGGGAGCCGCGGCCGGACGCAGGAGCGGCGGCCGCUGAGUCAGGCCGGGCCUCGCCGCCACCGGCCCCGCGGGACCGCUCGGCCUCGCCGCUCGGCCCGGCCCGUUCGCGGCCCGGCUCCAACCGCUCCAUCCCCGGCGUCACCGCACCAACCGGGCCCCUCACCCCCGGACGCUCCACGUCCGGAGGCCCCUCCGGCCUCGCCUGUCCAGCCCCGUUCGCGGCCCGGCCCCGCCGCUCCAUCCCCGCAGGCCCGCGGCCCCCCCGGCCGGUGCUGGCGGGCGGCGCGGCCGGUGCGGGGAUGCGGCUGAUGUCAGCGGCGCUGCCCGCUCCCCUCCUUGCCCCGCGGGCGGCCCCGCCGCACUCACCGCUCGGCCGCGGCCGCCGCCGCUCCGCUGCCCCCGCUCCGCUGCUCCGGGACCGGGACCGGGACCGGGCCGGAACCGCACGGGCCGACCGCGCCUGCGCCGCCCCCCCCGCGGGCGGUGCCAACCGCCGCGCCCCGCCCCCGCUGCCAUGGCAACGGGCGCGACCACGCCCCUUUGGCUCAUUGAAAUGGGUUGGUCACGCCCCCUUCGCCAUCGCAACAGGCAUGGACACGCCCCUCUUUGCUGCCAUGGCAACGUGCAUGGCCACGCCCCCUCCGGCCAUGACAACAUACAUGGCCGCGCCCCCGUCGCCAUGGCAACUGGGCCGACCAGCGCCCCCUGGUGGCGAGCGGUGGCGUCUGCACCCCCCGAACCCUCGGGGACCCCGAAACACCCCCAGACCCCUAAACAUCCCCUAA